AUGGCCAUUCCCAACGCUGCGUUGCAAAAGUUGCUUCAAGAAGUCGAGACUCAAGCGCUGCUUUCCCAACAAAAGAUCACGCAAACGCAGGCAGAAUUGAGUGCCAAACGGAGAGAUGCUCGACUCAACCAACUGACGGCCAAUGAGCUGAAAUCUUUGUCACAAGACACAAAUGUCUAUGAAGGGGUUGGGAAAAUGUAUGAAACUCCUUCGCCAACGGCCUGCGCUUUCUCUCUGACAAUUCUGGCUCUCAGGUUCAUCGCCGUUCCUCCGUCGACUCUGAACAAGCGCUUGGCUUCCGAGGCAGCAUCUCUGAGCAAGGACAUCACGGAUCUGGAGAAGAAAUUACAUUACCAAGAGACUACAUACAAGAACAGUCGACAGCACAUUGAGAAGAUCUUACAGACUGGUGGUCGAUCGUGA